CUUCGGAUCAAAGAACUGAUAUGCUAAUACGUAUACAAAACGAUGGCAGAGCCAUCAAGGCGGACUGCAUGGGGCAAUACAAAGCCAAAAGUAUCUUCUGAUGAUCAAACAAGUGAUACUAACAGUACUUCUGUCAGACCUUAUGAUUUCCCACCUUUGGGAUCCGUUGGACCAUCUAAAUCCGCAAGUCGAAAGCGGGCUGUAUAUGCGCCACAACGUACACGAUUUGAAGCUUAUCCGCCCAGACAAGAAAUCAUCGGUCAAAGGCAACAAAUGCAAGAUGAAUUUGGCAUCCCUUUAGAUGAAGAAGCGGGAAGUGAUCUUCCUUCAAUUACUGCACAACAAAAUGGAAUGAGUAGCGUUACCGUCUAUGAUCAAACGGGAAAGCGGGUAAGCAAUGGACCUGAUAUUUACUCUAGAUAUGGCAAGAGGCAUGUUAAAGGCAAACAGAAAGUCAUUGACUCAGAGAUUGGGGAAGCUCAAGAAAUGCAAGAGAACGGUGAUUCGAUAGGAUUCAGAGAUGUGAUAGAAGUCAGAGAUCUUCCACCUCCAUUGCACCUGACACCAGAAAGGAUCGACCUUCUCAUUGCAGAAUCGCAACGUCGAAAAAGAGCAACAGCUGCUGUAUUGAGACAGAAUGGCACAAGUGGUGCUAAUGACUCACAAAUCCAGUACAAGGACGAUCCGCUGCUCGAGCAAAUGUCUAGAGCAUUCUCUUCCGUGGACAGUUUCAUAAAAGCAUUCGGAAAGCAAGAUUUAGGUCAAUAAUGUACGAUAUAUUGGUGCAUAGGGAAAGAAGAAGAAGUGACAAAAAAUGUAUAAUAUACAAUGCAAUUACAUAGAAAGAACUAAAGAAACAGGAAAACGAUCAUCUAAAGAGUCUAAUCUAUUCUUCGUCACUAUAGACGAAUUUAAAAGAACUUGAUUCCAUACCAAUCGUACCACCAGAAUAAGAUCCUUUCUUUAGCUUAUUCUUUGCUUUUGUAAAUCCUUGUCCUCUUGUUUGCAAUAACUUUUGACUUGCUUUUGCACCGAAAUCAUCUCUACCCAAUCUUGCCAAAUGUGCAUCGAAACUAU